UCGAUUGGGGAAUUAUAUGUGUAUCAAGUCAAAUCACAAUAAUGCCAAACCUACAAAGUUUAUUGUCAAAUAGUUGUCAAAAUAAGUGUCCGACCUUAUAUUGGCCUUGAUUUGUAUAUUUUUCGAUUGUUUUGAGAGAUUCUCGACCUGAAUUUGACCAAAAGGACAUAAUAAUCCACGAACGCCAUUAUGGAGAAGGAAGCAGGUCAAAACAAUCAAAAUGCUGCCCCUCCUGCCGAACCACAAUUAACUGGAAAUAACACGAACGCCGGCAAUAAUGCACAGCAAAAGAAGCCCCGUGCUGAUUUAAAUUCAUUACCCACCCGACAAUAUUUAGAUCAAACUGUAGCACCGAUCCUACUUCAUGGCUUACAAACCCUUGCCCGAGAACGACCACCAGAUCCAAUAAGCUUCUUGGCCUCCUAUUUGUUGAAGAACAAAAAUCGCUGUGAAGAAGCCAUACCGGAAAAUGUUUAAAACGAUGUUGGAUUGUCACUAGUCUAAAAGCAGCACCUGCAGAACUGAAGAACACAUACCUAAAAUUAAAUGUAUUUCUUUUGUAUAGAUUCUAAGAUAGCUUUUGUGCGAAUGUGCGCCCAAAAUUGCCACUCUUUGCAAAUAACAAAAUGCAAACCAGUACAGACAAAUCAGUAACACAAAUCUAGGGAAUGACGGCGAUUUAUUUUGAAAAGAGCCACGAUUAUUAUUCCGAUAGACCCAUAUCUAUAAUGUUUGUUUAGUAGCAUAACAAAGACCUAUGAAGAAUAUAAAUACAAAUAAUGUAGAAUAAACUUUAAA